CACUUUCUUUCUUUCUUUGGGGACAAGGCUGACUGUCCCUUGGUGGAGAUUAAUAAUUGAUGAAUUCCUAGUUAGGAACAUUUAUAAAGGCAAGUGGUAGCCCUGCUCCUGCCCUUUGGGUGGUGACCAGCAGGUGACAGGAGGGGCUGCAGGACUCCCUGGAUGCAAAAUGAAGAGGGUUCUAGCUCUCCUGCUGGUCUUAGCCCUUGGGCAUGCUCUGGAGCGAGGCCGAGACUAUGAAAAGGAUAAAGUUUGCAAGGAACUCGCCAUGCUGGGGAAAGAGGACUUCAGAUCUUUAUCAUUAAUCCUGUACAGCAGGAAAUUUUCCAGUGGCACAUUUGAACAGGUCAGUCAGCUUGUGAAGGAAGUUGUCUCCUUGACUGAAGAAUGCUGUGCUGAAGGGGCUGAUCCUAACUGCUAUGACACCAAGACCUCAGAGCUAUCUGUUAAGUCCUGUGAAAGUGACGCCCCUUUUCCCGUGCACCCUGGAACUCCUGAGUGUUGCACCAAGGAGGGCCUUGAGCGGAAACUCUGCAUGGCUGCCCUCAGUCACCAGCCACAAGAAUUUCCAACCUACGUGGAACCAACAAAUGAUGAGAUCUGUGAGGCAUUCAGGAAAGAUCCAAAGGGAUUUGCUGAUCAGUUUUUAUAUGAAUAUUCCAGUAAUUAUGGACAAGCUCCUCUGCCACUUUUAGUUGGCUACACCAAGAGUUAUCUCUCUAUGGUCGGAUCCUGCUGUACUUCUAAAAACCCAACCAAAUGCUUUGUGAGGGAGCGACUGCAGCUUAAACAUUUAUCACUUCUCACCACCAUGUCGAACAGAGUUUGUUCACAAUAUGCUGCAUAUGGAAAGGAGAAAUCAAGGCUCAGCCAUCUCAUAAAACUGGCCCAAAAAGUGCCAACUGCAAACCUUGAGGACGUUAGACCACUAGCUGAAGACCUCACUGAAACGCUGUCCAGAUGUUGUGAGUCUACGUCAGAGGACUGCAUGGCCAAAGAGCUUCCUGAACACACAAUAAAAAUCUGCAAAAACUUAUCCAAAAAGAAUUCUAAGUUUGAAGAGUGCUGUCAAGAACAAACACCUAUGAACGUUUUUAUGUGCACCUACUUCAUGCCAGCUGCCGAACCACUUCAAUUGCCAGCCAUCAAGCUGCCCACAAACAAAGAACUGUGUGGUCAGGGUGCCACCCAAGCAAUGGACCAGUACACAUUUGAACUAAGCAGAAGGACUCAGGUUCCAGAAGUAUUCCUCAGCAAAGUGCUGGAGACCACGCUGAAGACCCUCAGGGAGUGCUGUGACAGCCUGGACUCCGCAGCCUGUUUCAGCACUCAGAGUCCCCUGCUGAAGAACCAACUAAAUUCCUUCAUUGAAAAGGGGCAGGAAAUGUGUGCAGAUUAUUCUGAGAACACAUUUACUGAGUACAAGAAAAAACUGGCAGAGCGACUGAGGACAAAAAUGCCCAAUGCCUCUCCAGCAGAGAUGAAAGACAUGGUGGACAAGCGCUCGGACUUCGCCUCCAAGUGCUGCUCCGUAAACUCACCCCCUCUGUACUGCAGCUCACAGAUCGACGCUGAAAUGAGAGACACCCUGCAGUCCUGAUACAGUGCGUAUGUGCUGUCUUGGACCUAGAAGUUGGACCGCUCUGAAAAAUUGCCACUGACAGCCAAAUCAGCCCAAGACCACAGGAGGGUCACCAAGAUGAUUACAUCUUCCCAAGCUACAAUGUUUGUGAUAAAUUAUUAAAAAUAAAUUGAAAUGCAGUGCAAACCCUCA